CCUUCGUGUCCUAUCAGCGACAGGCAAACAUAUUUUUUUCCACUGUAGGGGGCGGGUCUUGUAGGUGAUAGACACGUCUUCUCAGAGGUCUGGCCAGACGUGCGGCGUUGGAUUGUAGUUGAGAUUUUAGUAGCCCGAGGUUGUGGGGACAAACACCAUCUUUUGAGGAGGAACACCUUUCGAAAAAUAUAUAUAUAUAUCGCCGUUCGAAUCCACGGAAAUCCCAACAGGUUGAUUUGUCACCAUGGCAACAGAAGCGAGCUCUGAGACAGAGGUGAAGGAGAACACAGAAGAGUCUUCUGCCCAGCCGGACCAGUCAGAGAAGGCAACGCAGGAGACCCAGGAAGUAUUGAACACAGAGGGAGAAGAUAAAGAAAAAGGGAAGGUGAAGGAAAAAGAGGGUAAAGAAGGAAAAGGAAUUUCUCGAUACCUGCCAACAUGGCUUAAGAAACAGAAGUCUUUAAGCCAGACCUCGCCAACAAAGGAGACUCCACCCACUGAAGAACCCACCAGCAAGGAGACAGAGGGAGAGGAGGUCUCUGCCCCAGAAGUGAACGGUCACGCUGAAGAAGCGGAAGAGAAAGAGGAAGUAAAGUCGGAACCGGUGAAGGAAAAAGAAGAGGAAUCGAACUCCAACGGCAGUGCAGACACUGAGCCAGCCAAGGAAGAGAAGGUGGAAGAGAGUGUGCAGACAACUCCAGAGGAAAAGAAGGAGACAACAAAGGAAGACCAAGUAGCGGAGGAGAAGAAAGAGCAAGAACAAGAGACCCAGGCGGAGGCGGACGUGCAGGAAGGGGACGGCCAGAUCUCCAUUUUCCAGUCUCCUCUUCGUCUUGUGAGGAAGCCCAAGAUGAAGGUGGUGGUGUGUCGUGUGACGCUUCUGGAUGGGACCAACUUCUCCUGUGAGGUGGAGAAACGGGCGAAGGGUCAGUACCUGUUCUUCAAAGUGUGUGAACACCUCAACCUUCUGGAAAAAGACUACUUUGGUUUGACGUACAAGGACACCCACGAUGAAAAAUGUUGGCUCGAUCCAAUGAAGGAGAUUAAAAGACAAAUCCGCAGUAACAAUUGGCAGUUCUCUUUCAAUGUCAAGUUCUACCCUCCAGACCCCUCGCUGCUCACUGAAGACAUCACGAGGUACCUCUUGUGUCUUCAGCUUCGUGACGACGUGGCGUCCGGACGUCUGCCUUGUUCGUUUGUCACUCACGCUCUGCUGGGCUCAUACACGCUGCAGGCGGAGUUUGGGGACUAUGAACCUGACCAGCCCCGCCCUCUGGACUUCAUCAGUCAGCAGACGUUUGCACCCAAUCAGAACAAAGAGAUGGAGGAGAAGAUUCUGGAGCUCCACAAGUCCCACAAGGGAAUGACACCAGCACAGGCUGACAUCCAGUUUUUAGAAAACGCCAAGAAGCUGUCCAUGUACGGAGUGGACCUGCACCGCGCUAAGGAUUCCGAGGGCGUGGACAUCAUGUUGGGUGUGUGUGCCAACGGACUCCUGGUCUACAAAGACAGACUGCGGAUAAAUCGCUUUGCCUGGCCUAAAAUACUCAAGAUUUCUUACAAACGGAACAACUUCUACAUCAAGAUCCGACCAGGCGAGACGGAGCAGUUCGAAAGUACGGUGGGAUUCAAACUCCAGAAUCAUCGCUCUGCCAAAAGGUUGUGGAAGGUCUGCGUGGAGAAUCACAGCUUCUUCAGGUUAAACACACCAGAACCUCCGACUAAGGCCCGCUUCCUGACUCUGGGUUCCAAGUUCCGCUACAGCGGGCGGACUCAGGCCCAGACCCGCUUGGCCAGCUCUCUCAUAGACCGACCCGCUCCCAGCUUUGAACGCACGUCAUCGAAGCGCAUCAGCCGCAGUUUGGAUGGAGCGCCGGUAAUUAGCAUCACGGAGGCUGGCAGGGAUACCACCGAGAACGGACAUGACCCCCACCUGGAGCUCCAGUCUGACUCAAAGUCUAUUUUCAUGUUCCCUCUCUCCUUCUCCUCCUCAUCGUCGCUGUCAUCCAUCCCCCCUUCCCUCGACUCCAUCUCCGAGUUCGACCGCGGGCUUUCAGACAUCUCUGAAGACGACGACCGUGUUGGCGGCGCAGAAACGCCUCACGCUCUGUGGACCCUCCCCUCCAACACCCUCUCCUUUUUCUCCGAUCAGCAGCUGGCUGAUCUCGGAUCUCCAACUCCUUCGCCCCCCCACUCAGCCUCCUCUUCUAACACGUCAGAGCUCCAGAAAUUUGAUGAAGGCUGCAGAGUUGAAACCAGAAAAACAGCUGCACAUUGGCCGGGGUGGCUCUGCCUGGGGGGCGUGGUUAAAUGGGCUUCUUUUAUCUUAUCUUUUCUCAGUGUUUUGGGACGGAACGGAAGCAGGUGUCUGCCCACCAAGCUCCGUUCAGGAUUACCCAACAAACUGAUGGUUCUGUCUCCUGCUUUGUGGCAGCAGCUGUUGAGACCACUGUCUAGAAUGCCAGCGACCAAAUGUAUGUUUUUAAACGCGGGUACAUCUAAAUUACGCCAGAUUUUUCGGUGUAUUACUUCAAAGUGGACCCAUUUUGUCAGUUUUCUGACCAAAUAUUUAACUCCAGCAUUCGGUAAAUUCUUCGCUGCGCUUCCUUCCCACUUAACACAACUCACUUUACCCACAGUUUCAUCCACCCGCUCCGCCAUCUCCUCCUUCGCUUCCCUCUCCUCUCUCUCCGUCAUGUCCCGCGCCUCCCUUCCGUCUCUGACCGCCUUCUCCCGUUCGUACUUCACCGCAUCUCUGCACCGCUUCCUCCUCAACCCCUCCCCCCUCUUCCUGCCCUGCCUCCUUGUGCUCUUCCUCCUCGCCGUGAUGCUGACGGCGAGCCAGUCUCUGGUCCUAGCCCUGAUUUUAGCCACGCCCCUCGGCCUGACUCUGUGCUAUUUCGAGAACGCCAUGUCCAGUAAAAGAAAAGCAAUGCUGCCAGCGGCGGUCAGUGACGAGGCGGAUAAACACAGAGGCUCACUUUUAACCCCUCCUCACAUCAGGCACCAUGCAGACGCCACCUGGUUGCAGGAGAUGUGCGACCCUGCAGCAUAAAUCACCCAAUAUAUCAUUUAAUUCACUUUUUCACAUAUUUAUAUAUCCUUCCUUUUGUGUUAGAAUAAAGAACAGAUAGAUAUUUAGAUUUUUAGAGGAAAAAGACAAAUAUAGAAUAAGAAUAAUGCCUAUUAUUAAAAUUUGUAAGAUAUAUUUAACAUUUAAGAAUAUAUAUUAAAACUAAAGUAUCUCAUUCUGGUUUUAGAAGACAUCUUUUAAGUUUUUCCUGUAUAAUAGCUCACUAAAAUGGGUAGAAACAAGUAAAGCUGAUUCUUUUUGACCUGUUCUUUUCAUGCAUAGUUGUUCCAUAAAGACGUAACAUUACAUAGACGAUAAUGUUUAACACCAGAGGUUGAUGUACAGAGAAAUACCUGAUGGAAUACUGAUGGGGUCAAUAAAAUCAUACUAUGUAACUGUAAUAAGAAAAUAGUCGAAGUUUUUAGUUUUACAAGGAAAGAAGAGUCUGGAUAAAUAUGUAGAAUUAAAAGAAAUCAGCUGCAAAGUUAAUUUUAAGCUGUUAAGAAGCAGUUCUUUUGAAACUGCACUCGGACAUGCAAGAAUAAUGCACCGCUUCCAGCUCUGUCAGGAGCAAUGAGCUAAAAUGAAACAAUAUUCUGAGUGGUUUAGAGAGUUCUUGCAACACUUCUGCCAAAAUGUAUGUUUUUUUUAAUAACUUUUGCUUUUUUUAACACAGAAUACAGUCAUGGUGUUCCUCUAAGCUGAAUUAAACAUCUGGUUUCAACUACUGCAGCCCCAUCAAAUACAUUUAACACCUAAGGCGUCACCAGUGACGCUUAAUUGAGCUGUAAUGAGUAUCAGAGUACUUAGAUACUCGCAAUCUGCUCCCGAAAAUUUGAGUAUGAAUAUUCGCGACGUCAAAAAUCGCGGAUUCGCGGUCUUUCUAAAUAUAGUCAAGUGUAGUAAAAUAUUAUCAAGGGACGAUGUAUUUAUUGCUCUGAAAUGCAGAGUAAUGUUGGAUUUUAAGUUUAUGAACUAAAGGAAAGUCUAAAGAGCAACGUCACCGUAACAGGAAGUAAACAAAUCUUUGUGUGUGUGAAGCUUCCUGUUUUCAAAGUAAAACUAGCGAGAAGUUUUUGUUCCAUUCAAAAACUGAGACUGAAGUUCCGCUCACUGACAUAACUUCUGAAAAAAAAAUAGCUUAAGAUUAUUUUGUUGAAGGUAACUCUUCAGCAGUUAGAGCGAUUAACGUAUCUCUCAACGGAUUCUGAAGCGGAGAAACACAGCCUCGCUGAUAUGAAAAAUAACGUUUUUCACUUUUUUCUGCACCAAUAUGUAACGUAAAAUGUUGAAGAAGUUUGAAGAUGGAAAACUGUGGAAAGCAUUUUCAAGUUUUGUUGUUAAAUGAUCCAAAACAGCUGUAAUUUUUAUGCUUUUUAUGUUGUGUAUAUUACUGCUGAACUUAACCAGAAGGUUGAAAAAAAAGUUUAAAUCUUUGUGCUUUUAUCU